UGGGGACCUGUUGGAAAUGACAGCUGAGGAAAUCGGAAUCCGUUGCAGGAGUAAAUACCACAAACCUGGAAGAUAACGAAGAAACUCCUUCGCGUCAGCAUAGCAAAGGGCUUGUGAAAGAUGGAGUCCUUGAUGAGUGCGGUUGUGCCGCGCUCUCCGGUACCUUCGAAGAAGCCGUCUGAGGUGGACUUCCGCUCAGGAGCCACCCUGGACCAGCUGUCGGCCCAAGUGGCUGAGCUGGUGCUGCUGGAGCAGGGGGAGUUUGGAGAUCAGACAGCUUUAGAGGUUCACACUGCGAAGGACUUCAUCUUCAACAUGCUAGGUUUAGUCCAGAAGGUGGACCAGCGCCUCCCCGUGGCCAAUGAGUACUUGUUGCUGUCGGGCGGUGCCAGGGAGGGGGUCCUGGACCUCAACCCUGAGGACCUGGGCGACUAUGCCAAGGGGGCCGACUUCGACUUGGAUUUCACCCUCUUGGUGCCCGCUCUCAAGCUCCAUGACCGCAACCAGCCAGUCACCCUGGACAUGAGGCACUCACCGCCCUGCCACUCAUGGCUCAGCCUUCGUCUCUGCGACUCCGGCACCUUGGCCCGCUGGAGCAUCUGCUGCCAGGAGGAGAAUGGAUUGUCCCCGGAAGAGGAGGAGGAGGAAGAGGGAGAAAUGGGUAAGGAGGAGGAAGAAAAUAUGGAGAAGGAAGCAAAGCGAGCGAGAAAGAGGGGCUCCAUCCCUUCGCUGGGCUCACCUCAGUCCCUGGAUGGCUGCUACUUUUCCCCGGCCCUGGUGGCCGACUGGUUCUGGGGGGUGGUCAGCGAGGCCAUUGAGGAGCUGAGGCGCAACCCCCAGAGAGGAAUCCCCAUCCCGGAAAGACUGGAGAGGAACGGGCCGCUAACCACCAUCAUCCUCCAGGCUGGCUCCAGCCGGGUACUGUACGACCUGCUGCCGGUGGUGUCCUUCAGGGGCUGGCCCGCCGUGGCCCAGGGCUGGCUGACUGCCAACCACUUCUGGGAUGGCAAGAUCACUGAGGAGGAGGCCAUCUCUGGCUUCUACCUGCUGCCCUGCUGCUCCCCGCUGGGUGGUCGGCCGGACAGGGAGUGGAGGCUGGCCUUUUCUCGCAGCGAGGUUCAGCUGAAGAAAUGUAUACCCUUUCCCAUGGCACAAGCCUUCCAGGCUGCCAAGGCUGUGCUGUCCCGUAUCCUGGCCCGCCCCCGAACGGGCCUCAGCCCCUACCACCUUCGUACCCUGCUCUUCUGGGCCUGUGACCGGCUGCCCGCUGCCUACCUUUCCUGCCCCGACGCUGACACCCCGGCCCGCCUCCUUCUGGGCCUUCUCGAUGACCUGGCCCACUGCAUCCUGGGUAAAAACUGCCCCAACUACUUUCUGCCGCAGUGCAACAUGCUGGAGCACCUGUCAGAUAGCCAGGCGCUUCUGGUAGCCAGGAAACUAGCCCACGUGCGCUCUGACCCAAGCGAGCACCUUCGAGCCGCUCUUGACCAGGCCCAGCAGGCUGGACAGCUGAAGAAGGAGGCCACCGCCAGCACCAACGGACACGGCUCCCCCAGCCAUCAACCGGCCAAUGGCAUCAUCUCACCGUCCGAGGACAAGCUGGCGCAGCGACUGCAGCAGCUGGUCACUGAGAACCCUGGGAAGUCCAUCUCUGUUUUCCUUAACCCGGACGAUGUCACCAGGCCACAUUUCCGCAUCGACGACAAGUUCUACUGA